AUGUCUGACCUUGUUCUGUUCAAGAUCGAGAAAACUACGGCCAGACUUCUUGCUCAGUCCCAGGAAAUGGGGCUGCUCUUGAAAGCCACAAAUCCUCUACCUGGGAACGCGGGGCUGCGAGAGGCGGCUGGACUCCUUUUUGACCCUUUUGUCAAUUUUGCUAUCGUUCGCGAUUCCACUAAGGCCGUCGCAGCAAGCGUUACAACCUCUCUACACUCAGGAGUAUAUGACCCUAACGGAACAUAUAUACCUGAAAGUGGCUUGAAUAAUGGUGACACGAUCGUGCGCUGCUCCAGUAAGGGCAUACUCCAGAUGGAAAAGAAAAAUACAUACAUCGACAACGACUCUUUGGACGUCGUAAUGGCUCAGGAUCCAGACAACGUUAAAGGUUGUUUCGAGCAGGGGACUUUGAAAACAUACGUGACUGUACCGCCCGUUACGCUGAACAGGCCUUCCAUUGUUCGUUUAUGCCCUGGAUUCGUACAACAAGAACAUGACAAUUUGAGGUACUCACCAAAAACCCCUGGAGGCACCCUUGUCAGAAAGUGUCGAUUACUUUGGAAUGACGGUGAAGCGUGGCUGAAAUCCUCGAAUGCGAAGACAGUCGUCGAUCUUGCUGUGGCAGAGGACCCGUAUUAUGAGUAUGAGCGCGCGUUGCUACAGACCCGCCCGAGCAACUUGAACAAUGGCGGAUUAUCUCAGACCCGCACUCAGAAAAUACUGCAAGCCUUCAAGACCCCAGAGACGGAUGGUUGGACGGCUUGGCGCAACAAUCUAGGCUCGGGAAAUUCGGCAAAGGCGCUUGUCGUCCCUGCCGCGGUUGCAGCCCUUAGCACCCUGAUGGAACAGCAGAGAUAUUGUCUACAGACACCGAAUCCAGACGGCACGUUUCAGCCAUCCCCAGGUACUCAGCAAGGGUGGAUUACUUGGGUCUCUGAACCAGAUGCAGAUUGGGUCUCAGUUGGUAGUAGAUGA